AUGGAAAUGAGAGAGCGAACCCCAAAAAGUAUAAAAGAGAAAAAAAAUUACGAGGAUAUAAUUUCUUCACAAUAUGAUGGAAGUAAAAAAAAAACAGUUUCUUCAAGAAAAAUAAAUAAAAAUAGUGAUAAAAAAAAAGCAAAGAUUAGUCAAAAAAACAACAUUGAAAAUGAUAUAGAAAUUAGGAACAAUUCUGUAUAUAACGAUAAAAUAGUAAAUAAUAAUAUCCCCAAUCAAAUUAAAACUAACAAAAAAAUAAAAAAUAAAAUACACCAUGAAUCAGCAGAAAAUACCAAAAAUUAUGAUGAUGAUGAUGAUAUAAAAAAUUCAUGCAACGAUUCUCAAAAAAAUGAUAACAAUAUUUUAUCAAUAUCAAGCCAAUUAAAUUAUAGUAAAAGUGGUGAAGAAAAUAAUUCUCUAAAUAAUCAGGGCUAUAAAAGAGGAAGAAGAAAAACAAAACAACAUAAAGAUGAUUUUUUUUGUUAUUAUGAUGAAAUAGAAAAUGAAGAAGAGGAAAUAUCAAGUGAAGAAUAUGAAUCAGAGCAAGGAAAAAAAAAUAAAAAAACACCAAAUGAAAAAAAAAAACAAAAUAAUGAUUCUAUAAGUAACAAAUUUAAUGAUUUUAUAAAAAAAGAAAAUGAUAUAUAUGAUUAUAAUUUAGACUUAUUUUAUUUUUUGAGUAAUUUUAAAACAAAACAAGACAAUACGCAAAACUUAAAUAAGUUGGUACUUUUUAUACUACACGAAAUUGAUGGGAAACAAAUUUUAGACAAUAAUAAUAAUGUUGAAAAUAAAAUGAAUAAAACGAAAAAAACGAAUAAACCUUUUGUUAACAUAAAGGAAAAUAUCGAUAUAGAAUAUAUAACGAAUCACGAUAAAAAAGAUAUAAGAAAUGUAUUUUUUUUUGAAAAUAUUAAAAUAAAUUAUAACGAUACAAAUGCGGUUAUUUCCCCAUUUAAAAGUUCUUUGGUUGUUGAUAAUAAUGUAGCUAAUAUUUCGUCGCAAAAAAAAAAAAAAACACCAAAUGAAAAAAAAAAAAAAAAUGAAAAAAAAAAGCAAAAUAUUAAUGGCAUAGCUCGACGUGGUGAUGAUAUGGAUGUACAAAACAGUUCGUUCAAAAUUAUAAAAAUAAAAAUACCAGAAUAUGAAGAUUUGCCGAUGUAUAUAAAUAUUAACGAAAAUAAUGUCAAAAUAAAUUUUGAGAUAAUAUGUUUUUUAUAUUUUCUAUUGAUUUGCAAUUAUUUAUCUAGGGACAAUAAACCCAACAAAGAAUUGGAUAGUCAUAAUAAUUCUUUUGAUUUAAUUGAUAUAUUUUCUAAUAUUGAAAAAAAUUCGGAAUAUUAUUUUAGUGGCGAAAAAAAUAUUUUUUUAAGUUUGUGUGCUCCUGUGGUUUAUCUAGAUUUGACUAUUAACAUUAAUUUAGUAAAUUGUUUUGAAACAUGUUUACAAAAUUGUGAUAAUAUAAAUAAUGAUGAAUUAAAUAAAUAUGAUCAAAAUAAAUUACCACUUGAUAUUUAUCAAGAAGAAAAUAUAAAAAUAAAAAAUUUACAACAAUUAAUAAAUAUAUUUUUAUUAAAAUGUAGAAACAUAUUUAAUGGAUGUCUAUUGGCUAUUAGUAUUUGCAGUUAUUUAAACACUUGUAUAUUUUCAAGAAAAUUUAAUAAAAGUAGAAAUUUUUUAUUUAUUUAUUUUGUUUCACAAUUUAUGAAUUCUAGUUAUUUAUUUGAUAUAAUUGAAGUAGAAAAUGUUUGUAAAAAAGCAGAAUGGAUAAAACUUAAUACUAUCUCACAAGGAGUAUCAAAAAAAACAAAUUAUGAUUCUAAUAUUUCACAAAAAGAUGAAUAUACACAUCUAUUGAUGUGUCUAGUAGGACAUGAAAUUAUAAUAUAUGGAAUUUCGAAAUGUGAUUAUUUUGUGCAGUUAUACUAUUCUGUUAAGGAUCAAAAUGGGAUCCCCAAAAAUGGCAAAAAUGAUGAUGAUAAUGAUGAUGAUAAUGAUGAUGACAAUGAUAAAGAUAAUGAUAGUGAUAAAGAUAAUGGCAAUGGCAAAGAUGGUGGUAGCAUGAGUAAAAAAUAUAUAGAAAGCAAACUUAAGCAAACCAAAUUUAAAAAAUUAUUUUCAUAUAAAAAUGAUGAUAUAAUAAACGAUUUUUCAUAUUCUAUAUACAUAAAAAAUAACCAAAGAUAUAUAAAAUUAGUUAUCUGUUGUAACAAUAUGAAUAUAAAAAUAAUAGAUAUAUUUUUAAAAAAAAAUAAAAAUGAAUACGAUAUUAAUAAUUUUAUACAAAAAAUGGAAACAACAAAUAUGAAGUUUGAUAAUUGUAAUUCCAGUUUGUCAUAUUUUUUUCCUUUUAAAAAUGUUACUCAAUUUGAAUUAAAAAAAAAAAAAAAAAUUUCAAAUUCUAAUAAAAAUAAAAUAACAUAUGAACCUAUUCUCAACAAAUCGAACAAUACAAUGUCUUAUUUAAAUAAUGAAUAUACAGAAAAAAAUGUUAAAUAUAAUAUUACUAAAUAUUCUUAUUAUGAUGUAUAUACUAUGGAAGAUAUAUUGCAUAUAAAACAUGGAAUAAUCACAUUAUGCUCAUUUUAUCCAUGUAUAAAUUCAUUUAUUUUAUGCAUAAGUAUAAAAGAAGGUGAUGUUAUAGUUAUAGAUAUACGAAAUAAUAAUGAACUUUUUUAUUUUAAAAGAAAAACAGAAACUAUAUCACAUUUAAAGUGGAAUAAAAAUAGUUAUAUUUCUUUUGGGCAAGAUAAAGGAUGCAUAAUAUAUUUAUUUGAAAAUAAAUAUUUUUUAAAUAUAGACAAAAUAUGGAACAAUAUUAUUGAAACUAUAUGUACACAUAAUUGUAUAAUUAGUGAUAAUUAUUUUUUUACAUAUGAUGAUGGUACUAUAAUAAAAGGAAAAAUAAAAAUUAAUUCAAAUAAAAUAAAACAUGAUGAAAUAAUCUCAUGGAAUAUAAUAUCAAAUUUUUCUAUAGACCCACAAAUUAUUUUAAAUAUUUCAUCAUCUAACAAUAAUCAAAUUGAUACACCUUCUUUCAUAUUACUAUAUGAAUAUUUAUGUGGAUUGCAACAUAUUUUAAAAACUGAAAUUAGAAUCAAAAAAUCGGAAAAUUAUGAUCCCGCUACGAGUCGAAAAGUUGUUGCAUUGGCUCCAAAAGCAAUUUCCUUUUCAUAUACUGAUAAUGGCUAUAUGACAGCAUAUGGAAACACUUGUGGAUUAAUUCACAUUUUUUUUGGGAAAAUAGAUACCCCAUCAGUUAUUUAG